UAAGAAAUAAACAAGAAACGGUCUUACUGAUGAACGCAAACCUGAGUUUGGUGUUGAUUCGGCAGGACUCCUACAGGAAGCAGGUGGUGAUUGACGGGGAGACGUGUCUCCUGGACAUCUUGGACACUGCAGGUCAGGAGGAGUACAGCGCCAUGAGGGACCAGUACAUGAGGACAGGAGAGGGCUUCCUCUGUGUGUUUGCCAUCAAUAACACCAAGUCCUUUGAGGACAUUCAUCAGUACAGGGAACAGAUCAAACGGGUGAAGGACUCGGAUGAUGUGCCCAUGGUGCUGGUGGGUAACAAAUGUGACCUCCCGGCCCGGACGGUGGACACGCGACAAGCACAGGAGCUCGCGCGCAGCUACGGGAUCCCCUUCAUCGAGACCUCGGCCAAAACACGACAAGGUGUGGAGGAUGCGUUUUACACGCUGGUGCGAGAGAUCCGUCAGCACAAGAUGAGGAAGCUGAACCCGCCAGACGAGAGCGGACAGGACUGCAUGAGCUGCCGCUGCGUCGUGUCGUGAUCCAGGUGCCAGAAUACACAUAAUGUUAGGACACCAUAAACAGAAGGCAUGAAUGACUGUGUGAAACUGCACAACACAUCGAUUUGACUCUGAAAACGAGUCGGUGAUCUCUGAUCACACUAAAUAAACUGAAAAUCAUCACUAGCAAUCACAGAAUGGCUGAGAAAUGCCACUUGAAAGGCCAGCACUUCAGAGAGAUUAUAUUUAUGUAUUUAUUAAUGUUGUUUGUUAAAGCAAGCUUCACUAUUACCAUUGUCUUUUUUUUUAUGAAAAAAUCUUUCAUGUGUAUGAUGGGAUUUAUGUACACCACCACCCAAAAUACAUUUUCUUCUGCUCACCAAGGCUGCAUUUAU